AUGACCGAUGCUCUUUCAACCCCUCCAGAUGGACUCAUCGGAGGGUACCAGGGCGGUAGCUCUGUGAUCAAGAUCUUGAUCGUUGUCUUCAGCUCGAUUGCUUUGUACAAUGCUAUUGAGCUGGUCAUUCUCAUUUUUCUCACCUUCAACCGCUACACUGGUCUCUAUUUCUGGACCAUGCUGAUCUCCGAUAUCCUUGGAGUCAUUCCGCACGCCAUUGGCUAUCUUCUCGAAUUCUUUUCCAUAGGGCCCAUAUGGUUAGCAGUCACUCUUUCCACAAUUGGCUUCUACGCAAUGGUCCCCGGCCAGUCAAUCGUUCUCUACUCGCGACUUCACCUAGUUGUCCAAAACCAAAAACUCUUACGCCGUAUCCUCUACCUUAUCAUCGUCGACGCCGUCAUCUUGCUCAUUCCCACGACCGUCCUCACAUAUUCCACCGUAUAUAUUGGCACAGACCCGAUCAUCCGAGGAUACAAUGUCAUGGAGCGCAUGCAGCUGGCCUGGUUUUGUGCGCAGGAAAUCUUGAUAUCUGGAAUCUAUAUUUGCGAGACGGUGAAAUUGCUCCGGCUUCGACCGGAAAAGGACCCUCAACGGCACAAGACCAUGUACGAGCUGAUUACUAUUAACGUAAUCAUUAUCCUCUUGGAUGUGGCUCUUUUGUCCCUAGAAUAUACUGGCUUCUACACGUUACAGACCACGCUUAAGGCGGCGGUAUACAGUAUCAAGUUGAAGCUGGAAUUCGGUGUCCUCAGGAAACUUGUUUCGCUGGUGCACACGCAUCCCACAGAGUCCAGUUCUACGGAACAUGAAGAAUUCCCGAACUUCGUGGACCCCGAUCAAAUUACCGGGGAUAUCACCCAUGCUACUCCGGUCACCGAAAGAAGUCGCCCCGUCUAUCCAUGGGCUGCAAUCUCUAUGGAUAGCCUUACCUCUACAGACGCAAGACCCAACACUCGACCACCCUGA